AUGGAACAGUCCACUAACAGCUUAUUCCACAGCUUUAUCCACGUCGCCGGCUGGUCUCAGCACUUUCCAUCUUCAGCCAGAUCCCUCAGCCAUCUCCGGUCAAUAUCAACAGCUGCGAGCUCCAUCGACGAGUCAUCAUCAUCAUACCGGCCUCGACCGCCGCCCAAGUCGCCGUCAGUCUCGCAACUGCCCAUAAUAUCAUUCGCGUCCAAGGCCGCCUCAUACUUCCCCAGCCACGAGAUGAGCACACUACCCGAUCCCCGGAUGAAGGCCGCCAACUCGGCGGGCAACGGGCAAAGGCCCUCGACUGCGCAUCCGGAUCUGAUCAGCAGUGACGGCGAUAACGCUUCUACCGUUUCUCAGCAUCCCGGCCUCAGCGACGAAGUUGCGACGCUCAGCACAAAGCUCAUCAACGCCAUCAACCACCAGACCGCACUCGAUGAUACCCUGUCAGCAACCCGUCACGAGCUGGAGACAUCGCACGAACGCAUCCGCGAUUUGGAGGCUCAACUUGCCGCCCAGCGCGAGAUGAUGGCGGGCGAUGUCUGGAUUCGCAGGUCGACGCUCGAAAACGAGCGCAAAGUCUGGCAGGCCGAGAAGAAGGCGAUGCAACGGAAACUCGACGAAGAGACGACAAGCCGAAUAGAGACAGAGAAGGAGAAGCGCAAAAUCGAGCAGGAGCUGGAGAAUCUGACCACUGCCCUCUUUGAGGAGGCAAACAAGAUGGUCAUUGCUGCUAAGGAGGACGCUCAGUUCCAGCAUGAUGUUCUGACCAAGAAGAAUGAUCAGCUCAAGGCACAGCUCGCCGAUUCCGAGAGCCUUCUCAAGUCGCAACAGGAGCAGCUUUCCGAGCUCAAGCAGGUGCUCGAGACUAUGGUCAUGGAGCGCGAUGACCAGACCAGCAACAACAACAACAACAACAAUAACACGGCUCCCUCAAGCCCCGGCCUCGAAUCAAAGGACGACUCUCACCUCGUUCUCGAGAAGCCGACGCCGUCCCCUUCGAGACACAACGCUGAAUCGCAAUCGACUCCGGCUCCCCCGACCAGCUUUACGCACCUCAUCCAGCCCGUCUUGCGCACCGAUAUCGCAGAGUACGAUGACUUCAUCGCCCUUGCCCGCCUUUCCCAUCAGCGCUCCGGAAGCCGUGUCUCUGCCGGCUCCAUUGGCGGUUUCAUUGGACUUGGUGGCUCAACCUCGAGCGCCCACCUUUCAAACGCCUCCGCCUCGUCGUUGAGCGCCUUCUCGAACCUCAACCAGAGCAGCAACUCCAGCACGCCGCAGUCCCCCAACGCUUCCGCGAACGUGACUGCCACCAGCGCUGCUUCAACGCCCUCGCCGAUUCCUCAGCUCAAGGAGACACGCUUCUUCAAGCGCGUCCUGACCGAAGAUGUCGAGCCCACUCUUCGUCUCGAUGCUGCACCCGGACUGUCGUGGCUGGCUCGCCGCACCGUCCUAUCGGCCGUGGCCGACGGCUCACUGGUGG